GACUAUGGGUGAAUUUCAAAUGUGAUCGUGUACAAUGGGAUAUGAUUAGAGUAAGCUCGGAGUGAGAAUGGAGUCGAGGUGCCGCGUUUUGGAGGCGGAGUGCCAGUCACAGCACGGCGGAGCCCUGGCCGCCCUCAGCCUGCUUCGGACCUACGAUCGUUUCCUGAUACCGCCCGACGUCCACGCGGUGGUGGGACCGCUGUUGGCGGCGAUACCACCAGCGGCUCGCUGCCUGCCGUCCUACUGUCACCAUCUACCACUCGCGCCUGCCACUGCGGUACUGCCUCCCGCGACCGAGUCAGAGGUCCGACGCCGCGGCGAGAAGCGUCCCAUCCCGCCGGAGCUGAAGGACGACAAGUACUUCGAGCGGCGGCGCCGGAACAACCAAGCCGCCAAGAAGUCGAGGGACGCGCGGAGGAUACGAGAGGACCAGGUAUCGACCGCAGCGAGGAUCGCGUGGCGCGCCUGCCUCCUGGAGCAGGAGAACGCCUCCCUGCGCGCGGAGCUGGCGGCGCUGCGGCACGAGAUGCGCGCCCUCAGGUCGCUGCUCGCGGCCCCCGCCGCCCCCGACCGCGACCAGCCCUCCUCCACCACGCGGCACUAAACGACGCGGCGGGGGAGUCAGUGCCUAUACACAACUCAUUCCGUCCACAGAGAACCCAACUUAAUUAGAAGGGAAUGCACUAUUUAAGUUACGCAUGUACUAUCUAUAAUUGUGAUCGUUUGUAAAUAAAAUAAUUAAAAGCAA